GACGGAGAAGCGGUUGGCCAACGCAGUGGCGGCAGUCGGUGUAAACAAAGCCUCGCGCUGCUGCGGGUCCUGCGACCGCUCCUGGCUGGUGGGUGAUCUCGCGUGGGGCGGUAACCGCCGGCUUCAGUGGGAGGUGCUUCUCAGCUUCCUCCCCCUCUUGGCGUACACACCCCCGGCGCACCACGUGGGCGUGAGGCAAGGAAGGAGGGGUGUUAGGCCAAAUUCUAUUUUCAUUGGCUGUCACUGCUGCCGUCUUUCGUAAGGGGGCGCUCUGAUUGGUCGAUAAGGUGGGGGCGUCGAGGGUCUUUGAGUCCUAAGGCUUCUAAUUGGUUAGAUGAGAUAAGCUAGUGAAGCGCUUUCUUCCGCGAGGGAUUUCGAUUGGUCGGUCAGAGAGGUUACCUGGAAAUCCAACACCGCCCAACACCCCUCCCGCUCCCCAGUCCAGGGACUUCGAUAGGAUUGGGGAACGUUUGUGUUCCUGACGCCUUGGUAGUUGGCAUAGGCUAAAGAAAAGGGAUCUCAGCCCCGAGGAAGGGUCACCCUCCUAGAGAUAGCUACUACCGCGUCUCAGGAGACCCUGGUAUUUCUAGAGCACGCUUUGCUUUCACCAAACCCAAGGAGGUGACAGGAGGAGCCCCCGCACAGGACCUAAGGAUGCUGUGACCAGAAGAUGGGAUCACGGAACAGCAGCAGUGCAGGAUCCGGGUCCGGAGACCCCUCCGAGGGCUUGCCCCGAAGAGGGGCUGGCCUGCGUCGGAGUGAGGAAGAGGAAGAAGAGGAUGAAGAUGUGGAUCUGGCCCAGGUACUGGCCUAUCUCCUCCGCAGAGGCCAAGUGAGGUUGGUGCAGGGAGGAGGUGCAGCAAAUUUACAAUUCAUUCAGGCCCUCUUGGACUCAGAGGAAGAGAAUGACAGAGCUUGGGAUGGUCGUCUUGGGGAUCGAUACAACCCACCUGUGGAUGCUACCCCUGACACCCGGGAGCUGGAAUGCAAUGAGAUCAAGACACAAGUGGAACUGGCCACAGGGCAGCUGGGGCUUAGGCGGGCCGCCCAGAAGCACAGCUUUCCUGGAAUGUUGCACCAGAGAGAACGGGGCCUCUGCCACCGGGGAAGCUUCUCCCUUGGAGAACAGUCUCGAGUGAUAUCUCACUUCUUGCCCAAUGAUCUGGGCUUCACUGAUAGCUACUCUCAGAAGGCUUUCUGUGGCAUCUACAGCAAAGAUGGUCAAAUAUUCAUGUCUGCUUGCCAAGACCAGACAAUCCGACUGUAUGACUGCCGGUAUGGCCGUUUCCGUAAAUUCAAGAGCAUCAAGGCCCGCGAUGUAGGCUGGAGCGUCUUGGAUGUGGCCUUCACCCCUGAUGGGAACCACUUCCUCUACUCCAGCUGGUCUGAUUACAUUCAUAUCUGCAAUAUCUAUGGUGAGGGAGAUACACACACUGCCCUGGAUCUCAGGCCAGAUGAGCGUCGCUUUGCUGUCUUCUCCAUUGCUGUCUCCUCAGAUGGACGAGAAGUACUAGGAGGGGCCAAUGAUGGCUGCCUAUAUGUCUUUGACCGAGAACAGAACCGGCGCACCCUUCAGAUUGAGUCCCAUGAGGAUGAUGUGAAUGCAGUGGCCUUUGCUGAUAUAAGCUCCCAAAUCCUGUUCUCUGGGGGAGACGAUGCCAUCUGCAAAGUGUGGGAUCGACGCACCAUGCGGGAGGAUGACCCCAAGCCUGUGGGUGCACUGGCUGGACACCAAGAUGGCAUCACCUUCAUUGACAGCAAGGGUGAUGCCCGGUAUCUGAUCUCCAACUCUAAAGACCAGACCAUCAAACUCUGGGAUAUCCGACGCUUUUCCAGCCGGGAAGGCAUGGAAGCCUCACGCCAGGCUGCCACACAGCAAAACUGGGACUAUCGCUGGCAGCAAGUGCCCAAAAAAGCCUGGCGGAAGCUGAAGCUCCCAGGGGACAGCUCCUUGAUGACCUACCGGGGCCACGGAGUGCUGCACACCCUCAUCCGCUGCCGGUUCUCCCCCAUUCAUAGCACCGGCCAGCAGUUCAUCUACAGUGGCUGCUCCACUGGCAAAGUGGUUGUGUACGACCUUCUAAGUGGCCACAUUGUGAAGAAGCUGACCAACCACAAGGCCUGUGUGCGUGACGUCAGUUGGCACCCCUUUGAAGAGAAGAUUGUCAGCAGUUCGUGGGACGGGAACCUGCGUCUGUGGCAGUACCGCCAGGCUGAGUACUUCCAGGAUGACAUGCCAGAAUCUGAGGAAUGUGCCAGCGCCCCUGCCCCAGUGCCCCAAUCCUCUACAGCCUUUUCCUCACCCCAGUAGAUCCGACCUCCAGCUCCAUAUAGGGUGAACCUCUUGAUAAGCUCUCUGCCUCCUCCUCCCUUUCUCCCUUGUGGGGAAUGUUUGGAGGAAUCACUGGAGAAACAUAAGCCUGGGCUCUGAGCCUCAGCUGAGCCCUGGAAGAUCCUCCCCAUGGGGCAGAGUGGUCUCUUUACGUGCUCACAGUCAGUCAGCUUGGGUCCCUAUCUCUGGCCAGAGUUUGGCAGGACUGCCAUUAUCUGGGGUGUGGCCUCUGCCAGCAAGAGAAGUGUCCUGGGUGUUUUUAAUCAUGUUUGAAUGUUAGGGGUUGGAUCCUAGAGUAGACGCCUGAGGCCAUAUCUGAACAGACCUGUCAGCCAGGCCUGCCAGGUCUUCGUGUUGAGGAUUCAACUGGCCAAUCACAGGACAGGUGUCCUGGCCUUUCUUCCUGAGGUCUCUAGGGGAGGGGCAUGGGUAAGGGUGUUUCCUUAGCACCCUCCUGGGGUGGGGAUUAUGUCUGCUGUCAUGUCUGGGUCUUUAGGGUAGGACAGGCUGUGGUAUGAGAGGCAGGAGUCUCCACAAGGCUUCAUGUGGCCCCUCAUAGGGCAGGCCCUGCCCUCGGGGAAGGUCCCUUCAUGCUGGAGGCACACAGCUUUAAGGAAGUAGGUUGAAGUAGGACUCCUUCGUCCUCUCACUGGCUUUGGCUCCCUCAAUAAACUGUGUGGGAACCUG